AUGACCUCCACCCCCGCCGCCGACUCCAUCACCAUCCACACCACCCUCCUUUUCGACCCCAAACUCAAAACCUUCCUCCCAAACAUCUCCCUCACCGUCUCCCCAACCACCGGCCUCAUAACAGCCGUGACGCACCGCCCCUCGUCCGCGAUCCCAGAAGACCCCCUCGACCUCGACCUCCGCGGCAAGACGGUGCUGCCAGGCUUCGUCGACGCGCACACGCACAUCUUCCUGCACUCGUAUGACGAGCGGCCGGCGCUGAACCAGAAGCGCGACGAGUCGGCGGCCGAGCGCGUGCUGCGCGCCGCCAACCACUGCCGCGCGGGCCUGCUGGCCGGCUACACGACGUACCGCGACCUCGGCUCCGAGAGCAUGGGCGACGCCGACGCCAACGUGCGCGACGCCGUGGCGAGAGGCCUGAUUCCGGGCCCGCGGCUGUUCGUCGCCACGCGCGCGCUCGCCUCGACGGGGGCGUACGAGCUGCGGACGGAGAAUGGGCCUGGGUGCUGUGGUGGUGGUGGUGGUGGAUCGGGAGGGGAAGGAGGAGGGUGCGUACUUCCGGCUGGAGGAGAAGCCGUUGACGGCGUGCUGGAGUGUAGAAAGGCGGUGCGGCGUCGGAUAGCGGCGGGCGCUGAUAUCGUCAAGUUCUACGCUGAUUAUCGGCGGCGUAUCAUGCGGUGGCCGCCGGCGCAGCAGCAUCCGUAUGUGCACAGCGUGCUGCAUCCGCCUGCACAGCCGAACCCGGACGUCAUGGUAUUCGAGCAAGAGGAGAUGGACGCGAUCGUUAGGGAGGCGCGACUGGCCAAGUGUCCUGUCGCGGUGCAUAGCGGGACGGUUGAAGGUGGACUGGCGGCUGUGAGGGCUGGGGCGACGACAAUCGAGCAUAGCUAUUUCGCGAGCGAGGAGCUCUUUGAGGAAAUGGCGAAGGCAAAGGUUGUGUUUGUGCCCACGCUGGCUGUGUGUGAGAGGCUGCACAAGCCGAGGUUCGCACAGAUAUUGGCGAACGCAGGGCUGGCUUACAGAAUGGGUGUUAGGUUUGCUGCCGGUGGCGAUACCGGGACUUUUCCGCAUGGCGAGAAUAUCAGGGAGGUUGAACUGAUGAUUGAGGCUGGCAUACCACUUGAAGAUGCUCUCGAGUCCUGCAUGGUUGGCGGUUGGGAAGCGUGCGGAGGUGACUGGUGCGGCAUGAGAUUUGGUUGGUUCGAGCCUGGGUGUAGGGCGGACGUCAUUGCUCUAGACGGAGAUCCGCGAGAGGACGUGAGUGUGCUGAGGAAAGUGAGUUUUGUCAUGAAGGACGCAAAAGUCUGGAAGAAAGAUAGUCAGGCUGUCGGGAUGAUAUGA